CUGUGCGCCAGAGACUGGUCACCGAAGCCUGGCCACACGGAACUGAGAUACAGCCGCCGCAGACAGAGUCUGAUCUGCAAGACUGGGCUUCAGCAGAUUGGGACCAUCGUUGUAUUCAGAUGCAGCAACGGUCUCGGGAAUGAUUCUCUUACGUUUCAUCGUGUUUCAACUCGCACGUUUCACAGUUCUGGCCGCCCAAAUCGUUCAAGUGGAGGAUUUGAUAACUGGAACCGCUGGGGACGAGGUCAGGCUGCCGUGUUACUUGUCCUACAACGCGGGGAACGUAAGGUUGGUGCAGGUGACCUGGUUGAAGCGAGCUGAGCAGGGCAACGUGAACUUGGCCGUUUACAACCCGCGACUCGGCACCAGUUACCCCGCUGCCAUCGACAGGGUGACGCUCACCAACGUAACGGCUCCUAACUACACGCUGAGCAUCAAGCCCUUACAGCUGCCUGACCAAGGUGUUUACAGCUGUGAGGUGAACAUGUUCCCCAGCGGAAAGCACGAGUCCCAAACACGGCUGACGGUUCUGGCGAGGCCUUUGACUGAGGCGAUCUCGGUCCCAGUGGACGCCUCGUUGUCAGAAGUUCCCGUCGCUAACUGUACAGCGGCCAGUGGCAAACCGGCAGCCCAGGUGGCUUGGAGUGGGAGCGAUGCAGGAAAAGUCACCGUCACGGAGACUGGACAUGCAGACGGGACGGUGACUGUAGUCAGCCAAUACAGACUGCGACCCACCAGUGUGGACGAUGGCAAGAACGUCACCUGCCUUGUCACGCACAAAACCUUCACGGAUGUGAUCAACUUGACUGUGACAUUAUCUGUUCGCUACCCACCAGAAGUCACCAUUGCCGGAUAUGAUGGGAAUUGGUACGUGGGCAGUUCCGGACAUCGCUUAGCCUGCCUUGCCAAGGCGAGCCCUCCCGUUACCAGCUGCCGCUGGACAUUGUCCACAGGCCCGUUGCCGCCGAAUGUGGAAACCAAAGGCGACUGUUUGUUGAUAACACACGUCGACUAUUCCCUCAAUGGCACGUGGGUGUGCGAAGCAACUAAUGCCCUUGGCAAAGGAAGCGGAAACGUCACAGUUGUGGUCAAAGAAGCAGUUUCAACCAGUGCAGGAGCUGCUUUUGCGACCACUGUGAUCUACAUUACUGUAGGGGCACUGGUGUCAGUCCUGCUCGUGGUGGUCGCCGUCACUAUAGCGAUGAUGAAGAGAAGCAGGCGGCGGGUUGACGGCACAAAGGAAAAAGUGAACUCUUGCCCAGAGAAGAGCGGUGAAUUUGUCAUCCACGCAACCCUCAACUUUAAGAUUUCAGACUGUGCCCGUCCUUCAAGCAGGGAGAACAAUAAUCAUGAGGCAACAGUCUAUGCUGAUGUACACAUUGACUAGACUCAGACCUUAUUGACAAUGUGGCUUCAUGCGAUCGGAUAUCUAUCAGUUCAAGACUUGCAACGUUUCAACAACAUGGAUCAUCGCCGCGAAUAAACCCACAACUAUAAAGACACAAGUGCAGCAGUAAUUCCUUGGUCUCCACAGAUGCUGCCUGACCCGCUGAGUUACUCCAGCACUCUGUGUCUCUCUGUGUCAAACAGCAUCUGCAGUUCCUCCUGAAUAAAUCCACAACCAUCGCGCCAAGCGCCUCGGAUGGGAAUUGGGCUUCAGCUGAGACAACCCUGUCCUCACCUUCAGCUACAAAUCGAUGUCUGGUACAUCAGUGCAUUCGCUUGUGCAGCCGUCAGUAAUUUGUUUGUAUAUUUUCAUUCCUUCGUCAAUAAAUGAACUCUGUCGCAGCUUCGAGUUGUUGGUGAGGUCCAUCUACUCCUGGUAGAGGAUAGUGAUUCCCGCUUCUGUGCACAGGGCUGGGUGCGAAGGGACCGGGAUACGGGAUACGGGAUCUUUGGAGCUGUCCCGGAGAUUGUUGAAAUCUGUGCUGCCACAAGCGAGGUACGAGGCGCCACUCUUUGCGCCCGUGGUCGGGAUCGAACCCGUGUCUCUGGCGUUGUAAGGCAACAACUUUACCGUGUCGCCCCUGGUGGUGGGGGCUGGGAACGCGCUGCCAGGGGUGGUGUUAGAGGCAGAGACGAUAGUGGUGUUUGAGACAUUUUAGACAGACAGAGGAGAUUAGACAAUAGACAUUAGAAGUAGGCCAUUCGGCCCUUCAAGCCAGCACCACCAUUCACUGUGAUCAUGGCUGAUCGUCCCCAAUCAGUACCCCGUUCCUGCCUUCUCCCCAUAUCCCCUGACUCCGCUAUCUUUAAAAUCCUUAUCUAGCCCUCUCUUGAAAGCAUCCAGAGAACCGGCCUCCACCGCCCUCUGAGGCAGAGAAUUCCACAGAUUCACAACUCUCUGUGUGAAAAAGUGUUUCCUCAUCUCCAUUCUAAAUGGCUUACCCCUUAUUCUUAAACUGUGGACCCUGGUUCUGGACUCCCCCAACAUCGGGAACAUGAUUCCUGCCUCUGGCAUGUCCAAACCCUUAAUAAUCUUAUAUGUUUCAAUAAGAUACCCUCUCAUCCUUCUAAAUUCCAGAGUAUACAAGCCCAGCUGCUCCAUUCUCUCAACAUAUGACAGUCCCACCAUCCCCGGCAUUAACCUUGUCUGCAGACAAUACUCCAGGUGUGGUCUCACUAGGGCCCUGUAUAACUGCAUAAGGACCUCUUUGCUCCGUUACACAACUCCUAUUGUUAUAACCAUAUAACAAUUACAGCACGGAAACAAGCCAUCUCGGCCCUACAAGUCCGUGCCGAACAACUUUU